AGCGUGGUCAGUCAUGGCAGGUGAUGCCAUCAUGGUGAUCAGAGGGCUGACGAAGCUUAGUAAGGCAGUCAUAGAAACACAAGCAGGACAACUCCGGCAAGUUGUCUUUGGUGGUGAUGCAGCGACCAUAGCCAGGAGCUUUCAGGCCACUGCAGAAGAGCGGUUUAGUGCUGCCAUGGGGAAGAUGCAGGAGUUGGGCAAGCAGCAGGAAAAUUUGAAAGAUCUUGAUGAGGAUUUUGGAAAAGACUACAGCUUCUCAGAAUCAGAGUUGGGGGGUGCUGCAAAAGACUUCUCUCCUCCUCAACACCAGCCUCAGAAGCAGGGUGUUGCAGAGGGCCCAUCUCACACUUACGUUUCCAGUGGACCUUUUCCAAAUGUUGUUGUGGCAGGUGACUCCAGUCAUAAUCCCUUCUCUGCCAAAGUGAACGCAAAGCUGUUUAGGGACCUUGGAUAUCCUUUCUUUGCUACUAAUGGGCAAAGCAGAGCUUUUCAUCAAGACCAUCCCUCUGUUGGUGGACUGACAGCUGAAGAUAUUGACAAAGCCAGACAAGCCAAAGCGGAUCCACAGCACAAACCACACAAGCAGAUGCUCAGUGAACGUGCCCGGGAGCGGAAGGUGCCAGUUACUCGAAUUGGCAGACUGGCUAACUUUGGAGGCUUAGCUGUCGGCCUUGGCAUUGGAGCGUUAGCGGAGGUUGCAAAGAAAAGCCUUAGAUCUGAAGAACGCAAUGGAAAGAAGGCUAUUACGGAUUCCAGCCCUUUCCUGUCAGAGGCCAAUGCCGAAAGAAUUGUGAGGACCCUUUGCAAGGUUCGGGGAGCUGCCCUGAAGUUGGGCCAAAUGCUGAGCAUUCAAGAUGAUGCCUUCAUCAAUCCUCACCUGCAGAAGAUUUUUGAGCGUGUCCGCCAGAGUGCUGACUUCAUGCCUCUGAAGCAAAUGAUGAAAACUUUGAACAAUGACCUUGGCCCUCACUGGCGUGAUAAGCUGGAGUUCUUUGAGGAGCGACCCUUUGCUGCAGCCUCAAUUGGACAGGUUCACCUGGCUCGCUUGAAGAACGGCAAAGAAGUUGCCAUGAAAAUCCAGUAUCCUGGUGUGGCCCAGAGCAUCAAUAGCGAUGUCAGCAAUCUGAUGACUGUCCUUAGUAUGAGCAACGUUCUCCCAGAAGGUCUCUUUCCUGAACAUCUGAUUGAAGUUCUGAGCAGAGAACUGGCCCUGGAAUGUGACUACAAGAGAGAAGCUGCCUGCGCAAAGAAAUUCAAGGAGCUGCUUAAGGACCACCCAUUCUUCUAUGUCCCCACUGUGGUGGAUGAGCUCUGCAGCCAGCAUGUCCUGACAACUGAGCUGGUGUCUGGGUUUCCGCUGGAUCAAGCUGAAGGAUUAAGCCAGGAGAUCCGGAAUGAGAUCUGCCACAACAUACUACAUUUGUGCCUGCGAGAGCUUUUUGAAUUCAGAUAUAUGCAGACUGAUCCAAACUGGUCUAACUUCUUCUAUGACCCAGAAUUGCACAAGGUGGCGCUUCUGGAUUUUGGAGCAACCAGAGGUUUUGAUCAGGAGUUCACAGAUGUCUACAUUGAGUUAAUCAAGGCAGCUGCUGAUAUGGACAGAGAAAGAGUGUUGAAGAAGUCGAUAGAAAUGAAAUUCCUGACUGGUUAUGAAAUAAAGGCCAUGGAAGAUGCCCAUUUGGAUGCUGUCCUCAUCCUGGGAGAAGCUUUUGCUUCCAGCGAACCUUUUGACUUUGGCUUGCAGAGCACAACUGAGAAGAUUCAUGGCUUAAUCCCAGUCAUGCUGAAGCACAGGUUGAUCCCUCCACCGGAAGAGACCUACUCUCUCCACCGGAAAAUGGGUGGUUCCUUUCUCAUAUGUUCCAAACUGAAAGCCAAAAUUCCAUGCAAGGACAUGUUUCAGCAGGCCUACAGUAAUUAUUGGAGUAGAAGAGCCUGAAAGGAACAGUAACACAGAAUAACUUCCAGCUGUCAACUUGUUUUUUAAUGGCCAAUCAUCCACAGUGCAAUUCUUGUCUGUCGUACCUUCAGAAAUCUCCUUAACAGUGCAACAGCCUGCCUUUGGGAAGCAGAACUCCUGAUUUAAGAGACAAUGCUGUCCUUUUGUUGGGCAUAUCUCCUACACUUUAUAUUCUUACCAGGUUAUCUGUGCAGCCUCUGCUUUACAGAAAAUUGUAGUCUAUUUAGUGUAGGGACUGUGGGGAAGGGUAGGCAGCUGUGUUUCUCACUUAUUGGU